AUGUCCGCUCCCUCGACAUCGGACCCGCUGAAAGAAAGUGGCGCCGCCUCCAGGUCCAAAAAGAAGAAGACCAAAAAGAAGGGCGGAGCACAUGCGAAUAAACCCGAGGAAGUCGCGACUGCGAAUGGGCAUUACGAGAAGCAAGAGGAGCAGGAUGAUGAUCCGGACGACGAGGAUGAACAUUCCGUACGAUACCACCUCAACCUGCUGGAUGCCCAGGCUCGAUCAAAGCCAGCUGUUCAGUCGCAUGAGGGCGACGUUGACGAUGAGCAACCGCUCUCGCCCACAACCGCACAAGCAAAUGGCGCCAACCCGCACUCCAUAUCCUCUGCCGUAGCUCUCGGACUGUCACGGUCACGGUCACAGCAAGGGCUCCCGCCCUCUCCCCCACCAUCCGACACCAGCGCCCGCCUAGACGCAAUCGCGAAGGAACGAGACGCGCUACGACAGGAGGUGACAGAGCUAAGGAAGAGCUUAGAGAGCAUACAAGAGAAGCACGAGGAAGAGAUCGGCACUCUGCAGGGUGAACUGGAAGAGGCGAACGAGAACAAGGAUCACUUCGAGACGCAGUACAAGAAUUUGCUGGGAAGGGUGAAUACCAUUAAGACAUCACUGGGAGACCGAUUGAAGGCCGACGCGGCGAGAAUCGAAGAGUACCAGACCCAUGUCACGGAGCUUGAGGAACAGAAUCGCGAAUUGCAAGAGGGUAAUACUUCGUUGACAGAGCAGCUUCACAAAUUGCGGAAGGACAACGAAGCGCAGGCGGCUGAAGCUGCAACUUUGCGUAGCCGAUCGAGUCUCUCACAGCAGAAUUGGAUCAAAGAGCGCGACGAACUUAUCUCUAGAGAGGCCUUCGCGAGAGAAGAGUUUGAGAACGCGAAACAGGCCAUGCAGGACUGGGAGGUCUUGGCUAUGAACGAGCGAUCGAUAAGAGAAAAUCUCACAGAAAAAGAGACCGAACUGAAGGAGCAGAUAGAGUCAUUACGUGAGGCUUAUGAGAAAGCAGCGCGGGACCGUGACACUAACAACGAGGCGGUUGAGGGCCUUCAGAAAGCACUUCAGGAGGUUCAGAAUUUACGCAAGAGCGAACUGCGGAGAUCGGUGGAGAACUAUGAAUCGCAGAUAGAUGAGCUCCGUAAACAGGUGCAGGCCGCACAACAAGCUGCCAAAGCAUCUAAAACGACACUUGAUACCACCCAGAAAGAGCUUGAGAGAGCUGUACCUUUCGAAAAGGAAGUCAAGGAGAAGAACCUGCUGAUAGGAAAGCUCCGACACGAGGCGGUGACGCUCAAUGAGCACCUUACCAAAGCCCUCCGCAUACUAAAGAAGGGCCGUCCAGAAGACAAUGUGGACAGGCAGAUCGUGACGAAUUACUUUCUCCAUUUCCUGUCCAUUGACCGUUCGGAUCCGAAGAAAUUUGAGGCCUUACAGCUCAUUUCUGCAUUGCUUGGCUGGACCGAUGAACAAAAAGAACAGGCUGGUCUCGCCCGCCCUGGCACCUCGAAUAGCAGUUUGCGGAUCCCCAUGUCACCCUUCCGCCGGACACCAUCCACGCCAUCUCUUACUAGUGGCAUCAACGACCCCAUGCUCAUGGCCAGCAGCUCCAGCAACAAGGAAUCAUUAGCGGAGCUGUGGUCUGACUUCCUGGAACGUGAGUCCGACUCUCGCAGAGGCAGUGAACCCAUAUCUCCACCACCGAGAAGCGAUACGGGUAGCGGAUUAGGCAUCACUGAAGCCGAGAAGAGAUGA